UUUAUCCACUCAUAUAAUUAAGUUCUGUACCAUACCACACCUUACCCUCUUCUCUCUCACUCUUCUUUCACUCUCUUUUCUCCAUUUCUCCAGAUUUCUGAUCUGUUUCUGACAGAUUUGAGCUCGUGUUCAAUUGGGUUGUCGAUUCAUGGAAGCUGUUGAGGGAAGAUCUUCUUCUGGAUAUGGCAAACCUCCAUGGGUAUUUAGUGGCAGUGCCUGGUAUCAACUCCAUCUUGUGAAAGCAGAGAAAGCUCGAGCAUACAUUCCCAGAGAAUUUAAACUGGUUGAAGCCUUUGGAUACACUCUUGGCGGUUUCUUUCUAGCAAGUUAUGAGGACAGUCCAGUUGGGGUCUUUGAUGAGCUUGUUGUGAUCGCAGGACUUGUAUGGAACCGCCCAACAUCCUGCGCAUGGGCAACAAGGGUGUACGUGAACAAUGAUGACGCCUGUUGUCACGGCAGAAAGGAGGUGGGGCUUCCAAGCCAGAUGGCUAGGUUUUCUAAGACAAUCACAGCAAUCUCAAGACAACCGAGUGGCAAAAAGGGUGAAUUUCUUCAUAGGAUUGGAAUUGGUACCAAGUUCUCUAGUCCAAAGGAUCCCCUGAAUGUUGAAGUAACCAAAAUCAAAUGUGCUGAUGCAGAAGAAGCAUGCAAUAUUAACAUCAGUCUCACCAGUCCUGUGCCUUCUUUGAGCUUUGACCACAGGUUGGGCCCAAAAAUCAGAAUGUCACUUCCAAGUUUUAGUGGAGCUACAGAGUAUAAUCCUAACCUCCUCAAAUACUCUUGCCAGAUUGAAUGCAGGGUGCAAGCAUUGAAACCGUUGAAGGUUUCACAAUCAUUCAAUUCAACAAAUGAUGGAGCUGAACAAAUUUUAGAAGAUGAUGGCAGAAGCAGUAGUCUUGUGGCUGAAAAUCAUAAAAGUGAAGCACAGAAUUUCAGCACUUGUGUGAUGUUAUCAAAACCCUUACUAGCACUAAAGUUUAGUCAAAUGAAGAUGCAGGUUGAAGCACCCCUUGUGCUUUCCCAGUGCUCAAAUUCUUUACAAACUACUGUAACUUCUGUGCCAUAGCUACCACUGUCUUUCAGUACAGAAAUUAUUUGUUUGAGCCUUUAAACUCUCUAACAUGUAUUCAUCUCAUUUCCUGUGUUUUUUUGCUUUAACGUAGGUAAAUUUUUCUUCCAUUUUGAUGUCUCGAUGGUUUAGUGUAUUAGAAAGUGAAUUUAAACCUAACUCAACCCUAUCGGCUUGUAAAAUAAGAUUUGCACCUGUCUUAUCUCUAGUCGACAUGGACUUCCAACAUAGUGUGUAAAUUUUUAUUCUUUUUGGUAAAAUGGUGUUUUAUUUAGUUUGA